AUGGAAAGCUUCACCAUUGCCGUCAUCGGCUCUGCUGGUGCUGGCAAGUCUACCUUUAUCCAAAAGGUCCUCGGCUUAUCCAGGCCACCCAUCGCCAGCUCCGCAAGCGUCCGCCUGGUUGUCGACAAUGUAACCCACGGCGUUUCGCUUUUCGAGCUUGAUCUCGAAAAUUUCGACCAGACCGCCUCGUCUCAGACCAUCCAAUGGCCUAAGCAAAUCAAUGGCCACAUCGUCCCCCGCCCUGACGCUGCCCUGGUCCUGUAUGAUGUCACCAACACCGAAUCCGUUCGACCACUCCCUCAGGCCAUGACUGCCAUUACGAAUGCUGGCCUGCCUUCUAUCCUGGUUGCUUGCAAGUGCGAAAUUGACGAGGACGACUGGGUUGUGGAUGCCGAUGGCGUCGCUGGCCACAAAAUCUUCAAGCCCUGCAUCGGUACCUACAAGGUCUCCUAUGACAAGCCAGAUGUAUCAAGGGCCUGCCUGCAAGCCAUAUUAAAAGCCGCCAUUGCUUACAGAAAGGGUACGCCUGCCCCUCCGAGCCACCAAUGCCACCCUAACAAGACUGCAGAGCACAACGAAACCGCUCCCCGCCGACGCGCGCAAUCGGCUGUCAACCUCGAAGCACCAGACACAUCAGCUGGGCGUCCCAUCAGUCAACAAAGCAAGCAUAGUCGCGCUAGCUCUGAACUUUCUGUCCUCAGAAGCUUUGGUACGCCGCACACUGAAAGCUACCGCGCUCGUGCCUCGAAGAACUCGGGACAGGCCUACCGAACCGAAAAACCUGGCGCCGACUACUUCCUCGAUGUGGAAGAAUCCGACAGCGAGGGCCAAACAUACUCCGACGAGAUUCCUAUUCUUCAGCGGAGUGAGGAGAGCUUUGUCGAGAAGCAACCCAAGAUGACCGGAGUCCCCAUGGCCGAGCUCGUCGAUCGCCUUCUUGCGCUGAGACUGUCCCGUGCAGACAAUAAUUUCUCGGAUAUUUUUCUUUGCUUAUACCGCAAAUUCACCACACCCACCGAGCUUUUCGCUGCAAUCCUAGCCCGUCUUGAUCGUGUACGGGAUGACAAGACCGCGCACUACCUCUCCAAAACCGCUACCCAAUUGCGCAUCAUUGAAGUAAUCGCCAAAUGGGUUUCGCUUUACCCCGGUGACUUUGCCAAAAUUUCGACCCGAAAGAGCUUGUUUGAAUUUAUCCAGCAUCUCUCGGCAGAGCCCAUAUUCUCUGUCGCUUCCCAGCAAAUGAGAAGAAGCCUACGGAGACGUACGCUCGAAGAUGAUGACACGGGUUGGGCCACAUCGGACCACAGCGGCUCAGAAUAUGACCAGGAGAGGCUAUCGAGGGAGAUGAAAGAGCUCUCCGCUAGCAUCGGCAUGUUUCAGGUGGACGAAGACCACGAUGGUGGCCUUGAGGCUACCUUGCUUCCAGACUUUGCCGGCCAACCUGGCGGCCAAGUUCAAUUUCAUUCCUACGACGAAUAUGAACGAGAAGCAGUAUCCCUUGAACCAGCAGACCUGCAUCCCAUGAACAAGACGCGUUACCACAUUUUCAUGGAUCUGUCAGACGAUGAGAUUGCCGAUGAGCUGACGAGAAUUGACUGGAUUCUGUUCUCGUCCAUCAGAAUCCGAGACUUUGUUCGCUACGUCAGUCUGUCCUCGUCGCAAAAAGAAAAGGCCACCAGCUUGAAGAAUGUGAAUCGCAUGAUCAAUCACUUCAACCAUAUCGCAAAAUGGGUCGCCAACCUGAUUCUUCUUCGCGAUAAAGCCAAGCACAGAGCGCAAAUGCUGGAAAAGUUUAUGAAUGUUGCCAUUAAGCUUCGACAACUCAACAACUACAACGGUCUUGCCGCCGUGCUUGCCGGCAUCAACGGAAUCGCCAUCCACCGACUGGCACAGACUAGGCAGCUUGUGUCGGCCGAAGUGCAGAAGCGGUUCGCCCGGGCUGUGAUUCUCAUGAGCACGCAAAAGAGCCAUUCGGCGUACCGCCUAGCCUGGGAAAACUCUCCUUUGCCGCGAAUCCCCUUUGUUCCCCUGCAUCUGCGGGAUCUGGUCAACGCUGAAGAGGGCAGCAAGACCUUUGUCGGCCCAAACGGCGAACGGGUCAACUGGCGAAAGUUUGAGGUUCUGGGAGAUGUACUGUUGCCACUGAUGAAGAGUCAAGGCACGGCGUAUCCGAACCUGGUCAAGAAUAUGCUUACUCGCGAACUCAUCUUGGGCUGUCGGAUGCCCACAGAUGACGAGGAAAUUUACCAACGAAGCAUCGAACUGGAAAGCAGCAACUCCAUUGGCGUCUUUGACCCAGCCAAGAAGAAGUUUCCCUGGUUUGCCAAAUAG